CCGCCCCGCGCAGCUUUACGGCCUGUCGCAAACUCCCCGCCCAUUGCGGCGGCCGCCGCCGCGCAGCCGUAAAGUGGAUCCGCCCGCGCCCCCCGCCCGGCUGGCACUGCGCCCUCCUGGCACCAUGGCACAUGUGGGACACCGGGUGGAUUACCUAGCCGGCUUCUGCUGCCCGGUGGGGGGACUGGUAGCGGGCAAGCCCCGGGUGCUGUGCCACGAGAACGAGAUCUACCUCUCCAACGGCAGCGAGUUUGUCUACGUCUACGACCAAGAGGGGAAGGUACUGAAGGCUGUGUACCGAUGCCCUGACCAGGUGUGGCACGUGGAGCUGUUGCCCCAACCCCGGCAGCUCUACAUCCUCUGUGCCAACAGCGGCAUUUACUGUGUCUCCCUGGACCAGCAGAGCAGGUUAAUGGAGCAGACGGAUGGCGACGGCCAAGAAAGCAAUUGCCCAUCCGGCGUCUUCCCCGUGGACUCAGAUGCCUGCAUCUUCCCAGACUCCAGCCUGUCCAUGUUCACUCUGCUCAACAACUUUGUCAUCACCCUGUCCCAGGCUCACGGCAAAUGGUGGAUGAAGCUUCAUGAGCUUCCUCGCCCUGAGCAAGAGAGUCCCCCGUACCGGCAGAUCAGCGAGGUGGGCUUCUGCCCUGGCCCUCAGCCCGGGGAUGACAGGGAUGGGCCACCCUCCUGCUUCCUGCCUGUCCUCUGCUGCGCCUCCUCCCCGGGCACCGUGGGGACUGAGGAGGGGCUGUGGUGCUCAGGCGGCUUUGUGCUGGAGGAACCUCUCUUCAGUCUGCUCUUUGGGAUCGACGCCGCCAUGCUGGAGUCUCCUAUGAUCCUCUGUGGCUUCCCGGAUGGACAGCUCUGCUCCGUGCCACUGAAAGCCCUCAGCUCUUCACCAGCUGUCGAUGGCUGCCAUGAUGUUUCAAACCAAGACCCUCCCGUGAAGAUCCUCCAUCACUUGGAGGAGCCGAUCGUCUUCAUCGGGGCCUUGAGAACAGAGCGGAGGGCAGCGGAGGAUGCCGAGGACGAGCAGCUGUUUGGAGACCCUGGCUGUGACUGCGUGGUGGCCGUGGGCCACUACGGGAAGAUGGUGGCCGUCAAGGCAGAUCAGAGGGAGGAGGCAACGGUGCCGGAGCUCAGGGAGUACUACUUGCGCGGGCCCAUCCUCUGUGCAGCCUGCGGCAGCGGCAGCCGCAUGUACUACAGCACGCACUCAGACAUCUCCGCCGUCGACCUGGACUGGGGCGGAGACUCCUCCGACCCCGAGGAUGCCGAGAGCUGCACCGGCGUCCUGCCUCCCGUCCUCUCUCCGGCCAGUUUAAGUAUCUGUAGCGUUGUGGCUCUGUCCUUGUCUUCUCGGGCGUCAGAAGGUGAAUCGGAGCUGCUGGCCUUGUCAGCCAAAGGCCGCCUCAUGUCCUGUGGCUUAUGCAGCCCCGAGGACACUGACGUGGAGCUGACACCUGCCGAGGCCGGACGGAGGAUUAAGGAGCUGCUGUCCGGGAUAGGCAACACCUCGGAGAGAGUUUCCUUCCUGAAGAAGGCAGUGGACCAGAAGAACCGAGCCCUGGCCAGCCUGAACCAGGUGAUGAAUGUGAGUGCAGCUUUGCUGUCCAGCCAAGAAGGCCAGAAGCCCAUCGCUUGCACUGUCACUGCCAACUGGAGCUGCCUCCUGCUCCAAGAUACUGUCACCAUCUCCUGUCUGCUGGAGAACUGCAGCGAGUACAGCCUUGAGGAGGGCUGGACCCUCUGUGUUCAGCUCCUGGCCAGCCCCUGUGCCUUAGAGGAGGACUCUGUGGAUUCAGCCACCACUUUCACCUUCCCCAUUGACCAGCUUCUCCCUGGGAACAAGAGGGAGCUAACGCUGCCCCUGGGCUCCUCUGCGGACACCAAGCUGGACCUGCCUCUGACCAUCUCCUGUGCCCUCUACUACAGUUUACGAGAUAUUCUGGGCAGCGGCUCCGACUCCUCCGAGGCCUUGGACGAUCUCCUGCCCGACGACUCGCCCAUCCUCUCCCCAGACAGAGAGGGCAUCUGCCUGCCCCUCAGCGAACGCACCAUUGACAUGCUCCAGUGCCUCCGCUUCAAGAGCAGCUCCCCCGGGCCAGAUGCUUCCCCACCGGCAGUUGCCCCCCCUGCCCCACCAGAUCCUGUGGAGACCUUUCUCCAAGUGUCCCAGGAGCAGACUGAGACUGAGGAGGGAAAAGCCCCUGGAGAGGGGAACCAGCCACCCUCAGCAGCAUCCAUCAGGGUGUCCUCUGAGCUGCUGAAAAAUGCGCUGAAAAACUCCAGCUCAGAUGUCCCGCUGAGCUGUGCCACGCUGCACUGGCUGCUGGCUGAGAACCCUGGGGCUCAGGAGCUGAGCAUUGGGGAGGUGGCAUCGGUGCGCGGCACGGCACCGGACGGAGGCGAGGUUCAGCUGCUUGUCCGAGAGGCAAGGAAGGGGUUAGCCCUGCAGAGAGACUCCAUCCCACUGAGCCAGCUCAGUCCCAGCCUCCUGCCAAGGGGCUGGGUGAUGUAUGGCCUCACCGUGCUGACCACAGUCUGUGGGUCCAGAUGCAGCCUGGCAGAUUCUGUGGGGCUGGGGCUUACGUACUGGGCUACCUCGCCAGUCUCCCUUCUCCCAAACUGGGACUUCCCAAAGGCUGUGGCCACUUCUUCCCCUCUCUGAGUGGGUCUAUGUACCCUAGACCUUCUUGUUUCCCUGUCAGGCAGGGCACUGGGCUGCUGUAGUGUCCUUGCAGAACUCCCUGGCCUCAGAAGGGCAAAGGCAAUGUCCCCUCACCUUCCAGCAUCCCUUCACUGACCCACAAGACCCUUGCAGGCUCUCUUGGCUGCUACCUUUCCACUGGAGCUCUGCGGCUGCUGCUCCUGCCCAUCUCUUGCCCAGCCUUGCUGAGCCACAGUAGCCUUGGGUGCCCUGACCUGAUGUUGGGCUCAGCUGUGGGAAGAAAAGGAACUUUCCCUCCUGGUUUGGGUGGCUGCACUUUGCUGGUGCUGUGAAGCAAGGGGAAAACACGACUGGAUUAAGAGAGUAGAUCUGCCCUUUGCAGCCCAUCCCCUUAACACCAAACCCCAAAAUUGCUUCUCAGCUUUGCCACCAUGGCAGGCUGACCCUGUGCCCAGAGGCUCUGCAUGUGGUAGUGACCUGGCACAAGUUGAUUCAUGCUUGAGAGCUCAAAUAUGGCCAGGGUGAUUAGUGAGAGAGUUAAUUCUCCUCAGGCUAAGCCUUCAGGAUUAAAUCUGCUGGGGUGGCAGGGAAUGGGCAUCCACUCAGCCCCAGCAGCUGCUCUACCAGUUGCAGUAGCCAUAUCUGCCAGGGCAGAAUGAGCUGGUGAAGGUUUGCUGGUCUAGUGGGCACUGGGGCUGGCUGGAGGCAAAUUCCUCUCAGAGGGGCUGGCCAAGAGGGUCCUAUGUGCCCAAGUGAGCUGGCAGCAUCUCUGCUGUGUUUGCCUGUACCAGUCUGGAGAAUUAAUGGCUUGGGGGGUUCAGGAAGUAGGAAGGUUGAGAGCCUUUUGGGGAAUGCUGUGGCCAUGAGCAGGGGAUGACAGCAAG